AUGUUCGGUCGCAAGAAGCGUGACGUUUCUCCUGAGGACAGGGUCCCGUCCGAGGAGACUGAUCGUACCUUGACUCCUGGCAUCGAUGGCCCUACGAAAGCUCAAGUCAAGAGGGCAACUCGCACUCGUAUGAUCUGGGCUUUGAUUUCGUCCUUCCUCCUUCUUCUGACCGUCAUAUUCAUGAUCCUCGUCGAGGUUGGCUGCACCGGCACCGGAAGCAUCAAAAGCAGUAUCUACUUUAUCAACAUCAACCUGACCAACAUUUUCCCCGAGUCUGUUCCCGAUUCUGCUAUCAUCAACUCUAUUGCCCAGACUAUUGGUCUGCACGAUUUCUACCGUGUUGGUCUUUGGGGCUUCUGCGAGGGCUACAAUGGCCAAGGCAUCACCGAUUGCUCGACACCUGAGACUCUAUAUUGGUUCAACCCUGUGGAAAUCAUUCUCAACCAGCUGCUCGCUGGCGCAACCAGUAAGCCUACGCAUGGUAUAUACUUGCUGUUCACCUUGGCUAACACAGUUCUUCAGNUCGCACUACCCACCGAUCUUACCGAUAUUCUCGGUCUCAUCAGAGUCGUAUCGCACUGGAUGUUUGGUCUCUUCCUUGCCGGUGCCUGCUUGUCCUUUGUCAUGAUGAUCUUGAACCCUCUGGCCGUCUUCUCGCGCUGGCUCACGCUGUUCACCGGCAUCUUCACCUUCUUGGCCGCUCUUUUCAUCACCGUCGCCACCGUCAUCGCUACCGUCAUGUUCAUCAUCAUGCAGAACGCAUUUACCUCGGUCGAGGAGCUCAACAUUAGUGGAAGCCUGGGCACCAAAAUGUUCGCAUUCAUGUGGAUCGCAGCAGCCACCUCAAUCCUUGCCUGGUUGAUCCAAACCAGUCUAUGCUGCUGCUGUGCCAGCAGAAGAGAUGUCAAGAAGGGGAAGAAGACGGGCAGCAAGAAGGCCUGGCAAACAGAGACACCCGGGAUCAACGAGAAGGGAUCCAGACGUGGAAUGUUUGGCCGCAAGUAG